CAUUUAAAUGCAGCAAUUUUAUUAUUUAUCCCAUACAUUGUUAUAUACAUUAGUUUUAUACAGCUAAUUGGGCACUCGUUGUUUAUUUUACACACGAGGCAUUAUUUAAAAACUCUAACUAAAUCGAAAAAAUAUGGCGGAGUGUUUUGAAAGAUGGCUGGCUACACCCCCACCCAAAUAGUCUGAACCUGGCACUUCCUUGUUUUUCAAAAGUUUUAUUUUGAAAAAGUUGCUCGCGUUUUCGGCAUCUUUCUGUCUAAAAAUCCACCUUUUUAAUUCAGUUACUGUGAGUUAAACGCAUGAAGAGUUUGGAGGGCUCGUGACAGUAGCUAGCUCGUUGACUGGCUCUUGGUUUUGAAGAGGUAAUCGCUGAGAGUUUGAUCGAGGCACAAUGUUAUCCGCCACCGCUGCCACUGACGAGGAUUUCAGCCUCAGGUUUCCACUGCACGCACUGGUCUGGGAGAAUGAUUACAGGAGGCUGGAGAAAGACAUUCAGACGAAUAACAUUGAAGAAGUUGAUCCACGAGGACGCACCCCUCUUCACCUGGCUGUCUCACUUGGACACAUGGAGUCUGUGAGAGUGUUGCUAAGACAUGGGGCAGUUGUUACCAAAGAAAAUGACAAACAUUGGACAGUUCUGCAGGAGGCGGUGAGCACAGGAGAUCCUGAGAUUGUUCAACUGGUGCUCCAGAAGCGGGAUUAUCUCAAAGCCUCCACUGCGCUGGGUGGUGUUCCGGAAUUACUGUGCAAGAUCCGCGAGUCCCCAGAUUUCUACAUGGAGAUGAAGUGGGAGUUUACCAGCUGGAUUCCUCUCGUAUCCCGCAUGUGUCCCAGCGACGUGUGCAGAAUCUGGAAAAGCGGAGCUAGUCUGAGGGUGGACACCACUCUGCUGGGCUUUGAAAACAUGACCUGGAUCAGAGGCAGAAGAAGCUAUAUCUUCAGAGGAGAUGACAACUGCACGGAGCUGAUGGAAGUCAAUCAUGAGGAAGAGGUCGUGGACACGGAGCGUUUCGAUCUUUCGCGCGAGAUGGAGGAUGUCACGCUUAACAAUAUGCAGCCCGCUGAACAGGAAGUAGCCAAGAGACUGACCACACCCAUCGUUAACACGUACCUGGAUACGAAGGACAUUGCGUUUGAGAGGUCUAAGUCUGGCAUCUGGGGCUGGAGGUCAGACAGAACUGAGUCGGUGAAUGGAUUUGAAGCUAAGGUUUUUACGGUGAACAAUGUCAACGUUGUAAUUCGCUCCAGGACGGAGCAUCUCACAGAUGAGGAGAAGGCCAGGAUAAAAAGUGAAAGGAAUGUUCUGGAAUCUUUACUCGGCACAGUGGAACAACAGAUCGGUGCUCAAGGGGACAUGACUUUGGAAUAUGCCACUGCCACAAACCCCACUGCCAUCACUCCUGAAGAGUAUUUUAACCCCGACUUUGACCUCCAAGGCAGAGAUAUCGGACGACCCAUUGAGCUCACCAUCAGAACACAGAAGUUUAAAGGCACUCUGUGGAUGAGUGAGGAACAUCCCCUGUCUCUGGUGGAGCAGGUCACGCCCAUCAUUGACCUGAUGGCCCGCACCAGCACCCACUUUGCCCGACUCAGAGAUUUUAUCAACCUAAGGUUUCCUCCUGGCUUUCCCGUCAAGAUUGAAAUCCCUCUGUUCCACGUGUUAAAUGCUCGCAUCACGUUUGGAAGCGUCAACAAGUGCAGUACAGACGAGCCUCUGGACCCCAACCAAUCAUCUUCCACGCCCUCACCUACAGAAGAGAAGUGUGAAAAUGACGUCCAGGCGUCAGGACCUGCUGCGUUCCAGGUUUGUGCAUCUGUAUUCACGGCACCUGCACAUUAUCAUCAUCGAGGCGGCAACCGGCACUCUAACGCACGUCAUUACAACCCAACCAGUCACGAUGAAGAGCUGCUUCAGUAUGCCAUUCACCAGAGCCUGAUGGAGACCAGUGCAUUCAACACACAGGACUCUUUGAGCGAUUCGGAUGGACUUGUCACACAAUCUAUGGAGAACAGAUUAAGUGAUGGAUCUGGGUCUGAAGGAGUUUUAGUCGACCUCAGUGACACCACACCUUCCAGCAAUGGCUCUGUCUCUGUCUCCAGCCCUGACAUUGACCUGCGAAUGGCCAUGGAGCUGUCCGUCCAGGCACAGGAGGAGGAGGAAAGGAAAAGAAAGAAAGAAGAAGAAGACUUGGAAAGAAUUUUACAACUCUCACUAACAGAAAAGUGACAAAGUAAGAUGGAUGGAGAACAAAAGGAGUUCCUGUUAUUGCCAUAAUCAUUAAACCUGUUAAUUUAUACUCUUCUUCUGAUUCAUGCAGCUUUCUCUUGCCACUGACAAACAACUACAAAUAUUGUUUUUGUUAAGUAUAGAACUUCCUGCUUUCUUUUUCCAAGCGUUUUUUAUUUUGAUCUUAUUUGAUGAUCACAGACACGAUCUAACUCAAAUGGGCUUUAUCCACUAACAUCUCCUCUUGUAAAGGUCAUGCAGUCUAUUUCGUGCAAUUCAGCACUGCUGCUUUGUGUUAAAACGAAUGUGAAAGUCCAAACAUGAACCUGUGUGUGAGAAUGUAUGAAUUUGCAGUCACAAGAUUUGCAGAUUGUCUAGGCAGAUACAACCAGAUGUGUUUUUUUGCAGAAAGUGUUUUAUUAAUACUAAAUCUCAGGGUCCGACUGGUCAUCAGUUGUCUGUUCCUUUUAAGCAUUUUAAAUACUGCCAAGUAAAGUGAGAGAAUAAAAUGUUUUAUACCAAUAGUAAGACAGUACCAUCCUAACACGUGUGCUAGUGACCUAAGCACCUCUACCGUAAAGGCAAUAAUUUACACCGCCGUGCCUCCCCGGAGUAAGAGGCACUCGUGCAGAAUGAAAUAUUCCCGAUAUGGGCUGUCAGAUGUAAGCAAAUACACCUCUAGCUUUUAGUCUGCCUGAUAUGUAUAAUAAUACAAUUAAAACCGCUCACCAUAGCUCUUUUAAUGCAAAGCAUGAAUGUGGUCACUUUCCGGCACCAACAAAACCUCAUUCUACACUAUAGGACCAGCUAUGAGUCUUUUAGGUGUUGUGAAACUAAAUGUUUGUGGUUGGACAGCAUUGUUUGUUGACCGAGCUUCUAAUGUGGUAAUGUGGACAAACCUGCUCUGCUAUUCAUUAAUGAAUGCCGCUGUGGCAUCCGACUGCUUUGUAGGGGAUUUCAUGCUGUUCUUUCCUGUAUUCCUUCUAUAGAUGUCUUAAAUGUUGUCUCCCUUUAAAUUCUGUGAGGUGCAAAGAGUAUUACAGCUUGCUUCCUCACAACUUUUGUAUGAAUCUGUGUAUGUGUUUUGAGCAUAUGCUGUUACCACAUUGACAGAUGUCAUUAUAUUAUUUACUCUGGUCCAGUAAGUCAGGAUCUGAGGGUGGGUGGCAGUCCCAAUCCUGCAUUUUAAAUAGAGAUUUCUGUAUUUUUUCUCUUGGACAGAAAGCUGAUUUUAGUUUUCUGUUUUAUUCCUAUGCUGCAGACUACAGUAAAUCAAAGGUUCUAUACAUAACAUUUUUUCCUGAACGUAAAAUUCAUGAGCUUUCAUUACUUAAGACUUAAUUUUACUUGUGGUAUUUUCUUGGGUUUAAGUCUUAACUCAUUGCCAAAAUGUUAAAUGAUCUUCACCGUAUCAGGGUUAACGGAGUUAAUUGUCAUGCUGCAAAAUGCAAGAUAACAUUGUGUCUGAGCAUGUUGAAAAAAAUCCUGAAGGCAUUUGUAAACUGUGAUGUAUGUUAAAGGAAGAGAAACAUUUUUACUUUAAUAAAAGCACUUUAUUU